AUGGCUGCGACUGGUCGGACAGCGGCAGAUGCUGAGAAGGUUCCGGAAGGAGGGAAAGCCUCCCACGGAGCAGAUGGCGCAGGUCGUAGUGCAGACGGUGCAGCUGGGAGCCGAGCCGCUGUGGUAUGGGAGUUCAGUGUGAAGGAUGGCUUCAAGGCUUUCGACAAAGAAUGCCAAGAGUUGGUGGAAACCCUACAUCGAGCUUUUCUGGCUGGUGGUAAUCGUGUUGGCCAUGUGCCUAUGGGGAAGCAGACAAUCCUGGUAGACUUCAUUGAAGCUUGGAUCUUGAUGGAUUCGUGGGGAGCUUCGGAAAACGCCCGCUUUCCUUGA